CACGACGAGGACCAACAAAAAAGAGGAAUUAAAUCGUGAAGAGCGGAUAGUUUCUGUCGGCUCCGUCGUCGUAGGAGGGUGUCGAUGUAUGUUGUUGUUGUUGUUUUUGUUUUCGGGUGUCGAUGCCGUCGCCGUCGUUGGCCAGAUUGGCGAUUGUGUCGAUUUAUACACACACUCACACAGUUAGCCAGUCGCACAAUGUGCGAAGGGGAAAUAAGCGGCGGAUAAGGAUUUUUGUUUUAUCACACACACGGAACGCAAUUUAGUUGUCACCGCGCGCUACGGCACAUCACACACGUUUUGGGAUCACCUCCGCACACGAGAAAAACUUCCGCGACCGUGAGAUCGUAAGGAAGCGAUAGUUGUUCCGGCGGAUUGUUUGUUGGCAAGUCGCUCAUCGUACCGUGGUUGUGCAGUUUCACCGGACGGAAAGAAUCGCCGCUCAUCCGGAUACGAUUUAAUAGUUUUCCAAUCACCGGAUAUAGCUCAAAAGUCGGAAUUUACGCUCAACUGGUUUUUAUGCAAAUGUGCAGAACCGAUAUCGGUGACCAGUGAAACCACCGCUGGCCAGACCGGGGAAACAUCGAAGGAGCCAUUGGGCAGAGCAAAAUCUGAAAAUAAAAAAAGUUCGCAUCCCAGUAGCCAUUGUGUGCGCCCUCUACUGUAGUAGUGGUGUCGGAACCAGAAACAGCUGCUGUGCGAUGAAAAGACCCCGGAUGUACGUGUAGUCGCGCUAUCAUUCCUGUGGCGACCGUGAGAGUGUGUCUGUGUGGUCCCCCACCGAGAUCCGGAGGUCGCUUCCCGCACCACCUUGCUCCCCACACGACACACCAAUACAGACGCUGCAAACGGCCAUUGCAACAGGAGCCGUCGUCGUCGUCGGUUGUGGCCAAACCCCCCACAAUCCAAGCAGCCUGGUGGUGCCAAAGCCUGCUGAGAGCGAGACGGCAAGCAGGAGAUUUGUGUUGUGUGCAGCGCGCGCUCCCGCACAGUGUGGAUGAAUAACAGUGUCCGGAAAUAGAGGUGUCCGGUAACGUUAACCGGUUCCGAUCGUCACUUUUCCCGUUCCUUUUCCUCUUCCGAUACACAGCCACACACAAAUACACAAACGCACACUUUUGGUGACCUUUUUUUCUGCGUCACCCCGACACCAGUCGACACCGGACCGGGCUGCGGUCUAUUGUUUUCGGAACCAGAGAAGAGUGCAACUUCCCGGACCCGGACGAACGGUUGCCCCCUAAAUAAAUAAUUCCCGGUUUCCCCAAGCCACAAUCCGCAAGGGGAGGACGUGCUUGUGUGGAGGAAUUUUUGCACCCGUCCCGGGGACCAUCAACCGGUGGGCACCGUACGACGCUGGACGACACUACCCGAUAGCGGGCCUUUGGGAGCAACAGAGUGCGCGAGCAGCCGGAAUUGAUUGUUCUCGACGCGUUUUUUGUCAACUUCUUGGCGCGCACGCCACGGGACAGACGGCGCGCGGCCGGACACGGAGAAAAAAGGAGUGAAUAAUUUCGAUUGUUUUUCCUCUUCUUCUUUAGUGCAGAGACGUGGGGAGGUCACAACUAUUGAUUCGAGCGCGCGCGGGGUUUCCGGGCAAGUGAAAGUGAAAUAUACGCCGGAAGUGUGGCCGGUGGUCGUCGUCGCCGCGCAAGUGGAAAUAUAAUAAGCAAUGUCCGUGAGUGAGUUAGUGAGUUGUGAUUGAACGAAAAGAGAGUGACAAUUUCUCAUAGCUGAAAAUAUCGGUAGAACAAACAAAGGUCUUUGAAAACGGCGCGGUUCGAGGAAACGGCCUUCAAAAUUCGCCUAAAAACUGGAAAGCCACGAGAGAGCAGUCUCGACGAUACAAACACCACCGGCAAAAUUAUGAUUGACAUAAAAAGCUCACCCGAUUAUCUGAAUCGGACCAGUUCCGGAGGAACAUUCGGUAACUUUUCAAUGUUACUUGCUGAUACAUCAUACAAAUCAUCAUGGGGCUCCCACAGUUCAUCACAAAGCCAAGGCUACAGUUCAAAUGCACUGAGCAGUGUUAGCGUCGGGAAAACUUCAUUAGAUGCACAUUCACACUUUAGACAGCCAGAUCCAUAUCAGAUGUUUGGUCCCACCAGCAGUCGAUUAGCUAGUUCAGGUUCCGGUCAAAUUCAGCUGUGGCAGUUUCUGCUCGAGCUGCUGAGCGACUCGACGAACGCGGCCUGCAUCACGUGGGAGGGCACCAACGGUGAGUUCAAGCUGACCGACCCGGACGAGGUGGCGCGGCGCUGGGGCGAGCGGAAGUCCAAGCCGAACAUGAACUACGACAAGCUGAGCCGGGCGUUGAGAUAUUACUACGAUAAGAACAUCAUGACCAAGGUGCACGGCAAGCGUUACGCAUACAAAUUCGACUUCCAGGGACUGGCCGCGGCAACGCAACCGCAGACGGAUCCCACGUACAAGUAUCAGAGCGAUCUGUUUAUGUCGCCGUACCACCACGGGGCAAAGCUGAGCUCGUUUAUGAGCCCCCACCACAGCAUGACGUCAUCUUCCGCCUCCAUCUUCCCGUCGGCCGCCUCCUGGGGCAACUGGGGCAGCCCGGCCACGAACCUCUACCCGUCGCACUCGAUGUCGCACGUGACACCGUCGCACGUCGCCCCUCACCUUGGCUCGUACCCGCACUACGCAUGACCAUCACCGACGACGUCCUCGACUGCGGUGGCAGCGGCCGCGGCAGCCGCUUCCGUCACCUCGGGCUCGCACCACCACCACCAUCAUCACCACUCGCAGGUUGACUCGAACUUUGACAUCUACAAGAAGUUGACCCCGUACGAAUAAUAGCUCCCGUCGUUCCAGCAGCAGCAGCAUCAGCAGGAGUUUCAGCUGGUCCAGCAGUCGGUUCUGCAGCCAAUCGAACCACCCCCACAACCACCACCAAUUCUUGAAUGCAACAGCAGCAGCGAACAGCAACAGUUCUACCGACGCAACCUAGAUAAAUGUAUUUUAGAUCAUCUAAGCAAAUGUCUCAACUUUUAAAAUUUUCAUCCCAUAAAGGAAGAAGAAGUAAAGAGGAGAAAUGAUACAUAUUUUAAAUAGUAAGAUUAUACAACAAAACAAACCCAGCUGAACAGAACAAGCGAGAUAUUCCAAGUCAGUGUAUACUAGCAAUAUUUUUGAUGUAAAGAGCAGCAAACCAAACUCUUAAACACACACAUUUCACUACUAGGAAAUGGUUAAAGAGGUAAUAGUCUUCUGAAAUAGGCCGAGUCAUCGUAGUUAUUCAAUUAUUGUGUAAGUGAGUACUUUAUUGUCUGUACAUAGAACGAAAACCAACAAGAAAAUCUUUUUAAUUGUGAAUCUCUUUUGUUUAAUGAUUUGUGAUAUGAACAAACAAAUUGGCAAGUAUUAACAAACCAAAAAAGAAAACUAGUCAUUGAUUUUCAUUGUAAAAAAAACAGUGCAAAACAACCAAAGUAUGAAACUUCGAAACUACUCUCCUCUAAGUCAUUAUUUAUUUUAUUUAUCUAAGUAUUACUAUUGUUUAUCUAUAUUUUAACUAAUUUAAACUAAACAAAAAAGCAAAUAUUCGUACAUACAAAGACUGUGAUAGUUAACGACACUUGUUAAAAUUUCGUUCUCGCAACAGUUUUUACUCGAAUUGUCUACAACUAUUGAGCAAAAACUAUGUUUUACAAACAAAAAUUACAACAACAAAAUCAACAUUACCCACUUCUUUGCGAGCAAAAAGAAAUGGACUCUACUCUUAUUUGUACAUAGUUAUUUACAAAAAUUUGCAAAUACUCAAAAACUCUAGGUGUAGUAAACUUUAAACCACAGAAAAAA